AAAACAGAAGAGUUACUUUGCCGACAAAGGCCAAGGCCAAAGGUCACCAUCACAAAACCCCAGCAUUCUUCUAAUUCAUUAGUCAUCUAAGACUUAGAAAAUUUGCCUAAAACCAUACUGUUGUAAGUAACUGAUUAUAGAGUUUUAGGUAAAACAAGACUUUAAAUUUGGAAUGCAUUUAAUAAACUGGAUUAUAUGUGACUAGAUACAUAAAAUCAUGGACCAUGUUGUUCGUUGCGAAAUAUGCCGAUCGUCGAUUGUACUUUAAUUUUUUUUAAACUUUAAGUUAUAAUUUGUUUUACAUUUAAAGAUGUUCUUUUGCUCUAGAACCUAGCUGGACCUACAGGCCCUAGCCACGUAGUAGUAUACUUUUUAAACUAUCUACUUAACGAGAGAUUAUAAUAUAAUAGUAAUAAAUAUAAUUUUUAUGCUAUUGAAAUAAGGCUGUUAUUAUCGGUAGUAAACUAUUUUGAGUAGUAUGACUAUUGAAUGAAAAAACAAAGCAACCGGUACUAUUACAAGGAGAUAUAUUGAUGCUGUGCUGUAAUGCAAUAAUUAUUGGUAGUCAUAAUUUAUUUUUUGAUUAUAUCACUGAAAUCACUCUAAAGUAUGUAUGUUGCCACAAAAAAACACCAAAAAAAGCAUGUGCCAACACAAUGUAUUGUUUGUGUUUAGUCUCAUACAUUCACUCCAUUCGAAUUUUCAAGACAUAAUCAUAAAGAUUAAUACACUUAUUUUUCUUUCUUUGUAUAUAUUUUAUUUUAUUUAUGCAUCACUGAUACUGCUUAUGUUUUCAUCAAGAUUAUGUGCAGUUUAAAACAUUGAUUUUGCAUACUCUGCAUACCAUUAAAAAAUAAAUAGUAAAUAGUGAUUCCUAGACAUUAAAUUGAUUAAUUUGUGUUAUAGUUGCACAAUAUACCCAAUAAAAUUGUUUAAUUGUACAUAAAAAAUAUCGAUGCCUUUAUAAGUUAAUGAGGGAUCAUUUAUGUAAAUAACACUCAGUAGACUUUUGCACCAACAACAGAAAAUCAAAAGCAGGGGGGUGUUGGUUCAUGUGACCAUGUUCCUAAACAAUGAUUGGCCUAAGCUUAUUUUAUCAUCGUUAAACCUAAUCACAUCACGUAAUUAUACAGUUUCAUUUAACUAAAGUAACAAUAUUUUUUUUUGUAUGCAGUAAAACUUCUUAUGGUAAUUAUUUAGGCCUGUAUUUUAAUUUAUAAUUUUAAUCAUAAUAAUUAGCACACACAAAAUGUUUACAGCUGGAUUUUAUUUUUACUGCACAUCUUACUUUGGCUUUGGCAAAGAAGAAGCUGGGUAACAUUUUUUCAGACUAUGAUUAGGGGUGUGCCGGACCCCGGUCCGGAAUCCGGUUCCGCCGGAUUUUGCACUAUCCGGUGAAAUCCGGUUCCGCCGGAUUUACAUGUAUCCGGAACAACCGGAUUCCGGAAUAUACCGGAUUUCGCAAUUUGCCAGAUUUUGUGACUCACCGGAUCAUAAUCUGAAAUAAAAGUAAUUCUCUUUCCCGAAUUUCACACGAUCACGAUACAUUAAUCGAUUGUUUCGAGCGUUGAGCUUGUUUAAUAUUCCGUACAUACCAGAGGCUAGAGUCAGCACCGCUAAUAGUGGCCAAUAGUGUAGGGACUUUGAUAAGAAAAUUUAAACUUUUUGUAAAAAUAAACCAAUGGCAUAGUUGAAAAGAUGUAAUUUUUUAAAGAAUUAUAACACCAAAAUCAUAUUUUUAGCUGUUGUAGUUUUAAAGUUAUGAAUUUUUAAAGUACGACUUGGUUUGUCAUUUUUUAACAUGGACUGCAUCUCCACAUUCUGUGAUCUCAUUCCACCAAUCCCGUCAUGCGCAAUGACUAUAUAGUUUAUAUAAGGCAACGCAUUCCCUGCCUUAUCACUAAAAUACUGUUUAGACUUAGUUUAAACUUUCAACUUUGGCACAUGAAUAAUUAAUUAAAGCUUUCCCUGACCAAUGGUUUAAUAGUUUUUGCACACGGCAAACUCUUAUGAAUGAAACUCUGAGGUAGUACUACGAUACAGUUAUGCAAGUGGCUGUGAAUGGUUGCCAAUGACAACGUGUUGCACACGGUAAAUUCUGAUCAUUUAUAAUAUGGAUUCUACCGGGUUGUUAAAGCUCAAAUUAAAACAUUCCAGUUUUAAUGUCUUUAAAUGCAUUCUGAAACACACGUUAUCAAUUAUUUUGAUGUAAAUAGUGAUAAUAAAUUAAUAUUUCCUAAGUAUCGUCAACUUCCGACAUUAAAAAGGGGGGCGUGGCCAAACCCAUGGCGAAAUUAGGUUGAGCGAGCUGCAUAACCUGCUGCGAACGCGUAGAAACAUGGCGUCUCUCUAAGACACUUAUCCAAAUGGAACGGAACUCAAAUAUAUAUCGAAAGUACUAAUUUAAUAAUAAAUAGACACAUACAUCGGAAAAUUAAAAACUCGGAUUUUUUGGCGCCGAUUGCGAAUUCCCAUACACAAAAAGUAGUAGUCCACCUUGACUUACCGAAGUAUCUACCAAUAGUACCAAAAUCCGGAAUCCGGGAGAAACCGGAAUCCGGAUCCGGCGGAUUUGGCAUAAGAAAAUCCGGAUCCGGAUCCGGUUGGAAAAAACGGAUCCGGCACACCCCUAACUAUGAUCCCCUUCCCCCCAGUAUCAUACAUCUAUCUAAGAUCUAUAUUAGAUCUAUAUUAUAAAUUAUAUAGCAAUAUAGCCAAAUCUGAGCAUUGGGAAGGCUACAGCAGAUAGUGUUAAAACUUUAAAACAGUACUCAGUACUGUAGAUUUUAUAAUUAGUGCUGAGGUGUUGUCACUAGUACAAAAUUGUAAUAAAUGAAUUGGGCAAUACUUGGCCAGCCUCGAUGGAAUCAGAUUUUUAUAGCUAAGAUUUUGGUUUGAUUGUUUGGCUGGACUACCAAUAGCUCUCUAGAAGCUAUUGGUAGUUUACUUCAAGUAGCUCCCUGCCCUAACUAGAAGCUAUCGGUAGUAAACUACCAAUAGACACUAUCUUAAAUAAAUAAUCAUUCUCAUUUUGAGGGGGGGGGGGAGAAUGGGGGGGCGGGGGCCCUAGUAACUUUCCCUAAAUUUUACUUGUUAUGAUUACAUUGAAGGUUGCCACUGUCAGCAAGUUCAGUGUUCGUGAUAGUCGAUUAUGCUUUUACCAAAAUAAAUAAUCAUUCUCAUUUUGAGGGGGGGGGGGGGAGAAUGGAGGGGCGGGGGCACUAGUAACUUUCCCUAAAUUUUACUUGUUAUGAUUACAUUGAAGGUUGCCACUGUCAGCAAGUUCAGUGUUAGUGAUAGUCGAUUAUGCUUUUACCAUUGGUUACAUAUAUGAUAUUCUUAUACAGCUCAUACAGGGCUUUAAAUUUAUCAUAAAUGGUAAAACACUUUGUUACAAAGAUAAUAUAUUAAUAUUAUUACAGUUAUUGGCAUAAGGCAAAGCAAUUGAACAUAAAAUCAUGUAAUGCAUUUGAUUCAUUUUGUUUCAAUAUAUUCAAUAGGCUUCUCAAACUAUGUCGUCUAGUGGUAAACUGACCCUUGUAUCCAGCAAUAAAUGUUUUGGUGGAGAGCAGAGGGUUUAUAGCCAUGAGAGGUGAGUAAAAUAAGCAAUUUCAGAUGAAGGCUAUUAGUUUGAAUUGAUUUUAAUUUAAUGGUUUCAGUUUAAUAACAGUGUAAACAUAAAUAAAUACAUUGUAUUUGUAUAUAUUUUAUCAAGCUGAAAUCAUAACAUAUCAUUUAUCAAGUUUAACCUUAACCUUUUUACCUAAGACACCCAAGACAGAAUUAUAACACUAUUGAUUUUAAUAAUGGUAUUUUACCGCUCAAAGAUUUCAUGCACAUUUGAUUGUAAUAAAUUUCAUUUACAGCUCAGAGGUUGGAUGCACCAUGAAGUUUGGCAUUUUUUUACCAGCUGAUGCACUUGAUGGAACCAAACUUCCUGUUUUAUAUUGGUUGUCAGGUAGUUCAAGAUAUUUAAUGAAAAUAAAAUGUUAAGCAAGCACAAAUCAAUCUCAGAUGCCUGAAACAUUGUUCACCAUUUUUACAGACAUAUAUCGUUUGAAAGAUGAAUUCUUUAUUAUGACUUUGCUCCAAAUUCAACAGUUUAGAAUGAAUAGAUUCACAGCUAUGAACAAUUUGAUUCAUAGUUUACAGUUAUGAGCUUUUUUUUAAAAAAGUUAACAGGUUGUACCAAAAUAUAUUUGUUAAAAUAACUGGCAAAGCUGGUACUAAUUUUGUAUGUGCACAUUCCAUUCACCUUAUUUAGAAGUUUUUAACCUUUUUCUGUUAAUUUUUAUAACAAUAAUGUUUCUGUUAAUUUUUAUAACAAUAAUGUUGUUCUGUUGAAAGUGUCACAAUUUACUGUUCUGAUCUUUUGUAAGUAUUACAAUAAAUUGUGUUUUAUACUCGAUUUCCCACCAGGUCUGACCUGCACAGAGCAAAACUUUAUUACCAAAUCUGGAGCACAGAGAGCUGCAGCCAAGCAGAACUUAAUUAUAGUCAAUCCUGACACUAGCCCAAGUGAGUUCCAGUAUUUUACCUACAAUGGAAAUCUUUUUAACUUUUUGUCGUAAUUGUUUGUUGUCAUUUUUAUUGCCAUAUGAUAUGGGUUGUAAGUAUAUAAUGUACAAUAAAAGUCUGUUGUAUUGUUAUGAGUGGGCAUUCUGUAGAUUUGCAUUUCAUUUCACUUUUAUUGUAUCUAAGAACAUUUUAAUUACACCCCACUUUUUUUUCUGUCCCCUGUAAUAUAAAACUGAGAGCUAUCUUCUGCCUCAUCCCCACAUUGACCAUAAAAUAGUCUCCUUGUGUCUGAUGAUGGAAAAUUGUCAAAUUAUAAAACAAGAAAUUUGAUUUUACAAAAAAAAUAUUUUUUUUUUCAAAAUUUCCUCAGGGGGUCUCAAUAUUGAAGGGGAAGAGGACAGUUAUGAUUUCGGCACAGGUGCUGGAUUUUAUGUGGAUGCAACAACUGACAAGUGGAAGAACAACUACCGCAUGUAUUCCUAUGUUACCAAAGAGGUAACUUAAACCCAUAAUGAUCAAUAAAAUCAUGGGACUUAAAUCCAUGUGGGGAAUGCCCUUCAACUCUGUAAAGAAACAACUCACUGACUUCUAACUCGGAAAAUAAACAAAACCCAAUUCAAUUUUUUUAACCAAUGACAAUGUUUCUAAAAUUGGGCUGAUUUUGUAGUUAUAAAGAUGCUACUUCUCACCAGACUGCACUAUUUUAUGGACUGUUUAGAAAAGGUUUGGACAUCUUAUCUCUGCAGAUGAGCAGAUAGAUAUUAAUAGAAAUUAUUUUUAUGUGUCACAUGAUAAUAUAACUCAAAUAGGUCUUUAAAGGUUGGCUUUGAAAAUUCCUUUUGAGUUCAGUUUGCAAAUAAUUAGUGGACUAAUUUUUAAAUUGGCUGUGAUUGCUAGUAUUAGUUUGACAGUUUUACACUGAUGUUAUUCAUUUACAAAGACUUUUACAGACAAUCAUUCACAAUCAAUGUGUACAUUUUCUGGAAACAUUAAUCAAGUUCUCUAGAGUUUUUGUUGGCCACAUUAAAUGUUUGAGGGGGCAUCAUUUUUCUUUUAUAUUUCCUUUUUUUGGGAAUAAAUAGCUAAUGGGAAUAAUGGUUAAUAUUUUACAUGUAAUUUAAUUCUUAUUGUAGUUAUGUUAAUUAUUUUAUGCAGACAGCUUGUAAUGUAAAUAAAUUUAUUUAUAAUAGGUUGUACAAUAUUUGUAAGGUAUUUAAAAAAUCCAGAAAUUGACUUUUAUUUCCAACAGUUAUUAGAACUGAUCAAUGAGAACUUUCCAACCAUUCCUGACAGGAAGGGCAUUUUUGGUCACAGGUAAAUAAAUUAUCAAAUUAAUCUUUUAAGCUACAUGUUAUGGUGAAAUUAAGAGAUGAAAGUAAAGUAAAACAUGUGACUAUUCUCAAUGAGACUUUUCCAACCGUUCCUGUAAGGAAGGGGUGUUUGGGGCACACAUAAACAAGAUAUCAAAUAUUUUCAGUUUUUAAACCACAUAAACCUUAUGGUUGCUUUAAAAGAAGAAAGGGAAGUAACUUUGUAAUGAAUAGACUCCCCUUUUUAGGACUUGCUCCAUUUUUUUUAAAGUUGUUUUUUAAUGGAGCUGAUCAAUGUGUUUAUUAAAAUGUCUGCAUCCAUGCCAUCAUUAUCUUCCACAUUUCAGUAUGGGUGGACAUGGAGCCCUGAUCAUUGCCCUUAAGAACCCAGGUUUGUUUCGAUCGGUCAGUGCCUUUGCACCUAUUGCUCACCCAGUGAAGUGUGCCUGGGGCAAGAAGUGCUUUACUGGCUACCUGGGAACUGAUGAAAACAGCUGGCGAGUAAGUGGUGUCUAAUUUUUUUAUCUUUUUUUGUUAUUAGACAAACAUUUUGAUUUGUGUGUAUCGGAAUAGCAUUGUAAUACUUGUACGAAUCUGAGUGAUAACAAUAUGAACUAGCUGCCUGCGUUAAUAGUACUAUGGUCAAUUCUUUUUCUAAAAUCUUGUUAUCACAAGAUUCUAGUAACAGAUUUCAUUUCAUGUAAACCUUUGUGCAUCUCCUCAGGAGUAUGAUGCCACAGAACUAGUCAAAUCUUAUAAUGGACCACCUCUCGAUAUACUUGUAGAUCAGGUGAGUUGGUGUAUCUCAUAGGGUGAGUGGGUUUUUCUUUCUUGUUAGAUAGGUAUCUUAAAUAGAUGAUGAUGCAUUUUUUUCCGAUUCAAUAUGUCUGUUAUUUAGCGUUCUACUUCCUUAUACUGUCCUUAUUCUUUCAUGGUUUCCUAUUGACACUCACACCUUAAUAGAUGUUGAAAAUAACUGACUACUUGAGCUAAAAAUACAACGUAUUACUUAUCAUCUAAUUUCCAAUAGUCAGCAUAUCUAAUAAUACUAACAUGAGUAUCAUUAUCAGGGAGCUGCAGACAACUUCCUGAAAGAAGGGCAACUCUUGCCAGAAAGAUUGAUUGAGUCAUGUGCUGAGAGCAAAAUGCCUUGUAUAAUGAGAAUGCAAGAGGUAAGGCUUGUGUUGAUUUGUAAGCUAACACGUUAAUUAGGGUACAGGGACUUCCCAAAAGUUUGAUUCUUGGAAAGAGAGUGUAACUCCAAAAAGAAAUGAUACAGCUGUACAUUAAAUUAUUGUAUUUCUGUCAACAGGGCUAUGACCACAGCUACUUCUUCAUUGCAACAUUCAUUGAUGAACACAUUCAACACCACGGCAAAUACCUCAUCUAAGGAUUAGUUAAGUUGGGUGCCUACACAUUUAAGGAAUGUUUCGCCUGUCAGGUGCCUGCUGAUUUAAGGAUUUCUGAACGGUCAGGUGCAGCAUUGUUGAUGGGAAUUGUAAAGAGAUCAUUAUUGAGUAAAAAUAUAAAUGACAUAUUUUUUAAUUAUUUGCGAAAACUUUGUUUUGAAACUUGUUAAAUUAUGGCGAUGUUGGAAGUUGAUGAUUACUCAAACACCAAGCUCGCGGUCAAGUGAUUAUCUGCUUUAGUUUUUUAAAGAAUUGCCCCAAGUUAAGGAUUUGCCCUGGUGAAUUAUUCACUUGACCAUUCUGGUGACUGUGGUCCACCUGACUUUUAUGUGUUUGAAAAAAAAUUAAAAUGUGGUGAAUUAAUUUUGUCUUGCUGCUUGCCUGACAUGGCAUGGAAAAACUCAAUAAAAUUUCUCAUUUCCCGCUUAUUUCUUACCACUGCAAUAAUUGAUGUGUCAUAUGCUGAUAAGUUUGUUUAAAUCAAUGUCCAAAGAUAUACAUCCUGUCCCAAAGAUAUGCAAAUUUUGUCAUCACCUUUUAAUGUUAAGUUGGAUAUAAUUUUAACCAUCCAAUUCAUAUCUUCCUUUUUUUUUCAGGACACAUUUGAGAUUUUUGCAUGGUAACGGAUAAUUUUUUUUUAAUGCGUAAAUUCCUUUUUUUUUUUAUACCAUCUCACAGAUCACUUAUAAUUAUCACUGAUUACUACAUUAAGAUUCACUGUUUGUUAAAUGUUUGUUUAGAAUACUUAAUUUUGUUCAAUGAUGCAAAUAUGUUAAUUUGUUAAGUAUUCUUUUGGUAAUAGAGGCAUAGAUGUGUUUCACUGAUUUGAAAAUCAAGAAGUAAUUAGCAAAAGUACAAUCUAAAAAAACGUAUCAAUUGUUUAAACAAUGGCCGUUGCUGUCAGCUUGGUCUCCAUAACAACCAAAGUUGAACAUAUAGACAAUCAAAGAUGAACAUGUAGACAUGUAUUUAAGAGAACUUGCUCAUAUCACUCAACAAAAGUCUUCAAUAUUAAAUUACCUAGCCAUCCAAAAAGUGUAAUGAGCUUUAGUUUCAUAGGAGGAUAAAUACUAAGGAAAUAAUGCUGGCAGUAGUUAAUGAAGACAUUUUAGUGUUUGAUGAUUAUGAUUUCAGUGAUAUUUGCAAUAUUAAGUUUUUGAAAAUGUAUUUUUUGCUGUUCCAUGUUAAAUAUUGAUUUUGUUGUUGAAAAAGUGCUAAAAAAAAUUUUUUGUCAAAUAAACAAAUCAACUGAUAAUGACAUAUUUUUGGGUUAUUUUUAAUCAAAGAAAACAUGUACAUUUCCACAAUUUAACCUCUAUAUUUCACACCCCAUAUUGUUAUACAUUAAA